AUGGAUGCUACUGCUACACUCUCGCCACCUGGCCGUCUGCUCAGCCUUGCUCCAGAGUUACGGAACAGAAUCUACGAAUAUGCCCUGAGCCUCAGCCACGGCACCGACAAGCUCGACCUCAAUCACAGCUUUCGGGGCUCUAAUCCCGUAUUUCGCGAGCCCGGCCUUUUGACCACGUGUCGCCAGAUCCGGCGCGAAGCUCUCAAGAUCUACUUUGUGUCGAAUGACUUCGCGAUCAAGGUGUUUGACUGCGAGAUUAUGAAACUCGUGGAAUUUGAACGUAGAUGCGAGGACUUGGAGAUUGCAGGCGAGAUGAACGUCUCCAUAUGGCCAGCCACCAAGCACGAGCAAUUCAACUGGGAAGCGUUAUGGCACUGGGCGCUAUACGUGCAGGCCGGGACGCGCUGGAUUCCAGUCGAAGGAACGCGCAGUGCAUAUAGUCGGCGCGAUAAGAUUACUGCAGUCGUCUUCACCACUUUGCGAAUCGCCUGGAUGAUGCAAGACGCUUCGGUCGAGAGAGCCAAAGACGCCUUGCGUGCUCAUCUGUAUUCCAGUUUCCGCAUGCUCUGUGCCGAGCGCGGCCAGUCUGGCUGGCUGGAGCAGAGAGAAGCGUUUCCUAUCGACCUCUGGGUGCUACAACGUACACCAAACUUCGGGUCCGAGAACAUUCUUGGCGUCCGAUUGGCUCUCAUCUAUGUCGUCUUCCUGCGUGGCGCGGUACGGACGUGUGGUGAGAAGCUGAAGCCAGCACAUUAUGCACGGGGAAGCUCUGGAAUCGCAGGCCCACCAUUGGCCUCAUUUCUCCUCCUCUCACCUGUGCCCGCUCAGCAACUCCCGCGAAUCACCAUACUCGAACGUCGCUCCGAACAUGACCUGUCCAAAGGUCAGAACAUUGAUAUACGUGGAACGGGAAUGAGCAUCAUUCGCAAACUGGGACUUGAAGCUGCAAUUCGAAGUGCUUUGACUGGCGAAGAAGGAUGCCAGUUUGUCGACGAUAAGAGCCGUACAUGGGCCAGCUUCCCUGCUGACAAGACCGGCACGGUGCAGACAGGAACGAGUGACAUCGAGAUCUUGAGGGGACGAUUGGCGAAGAUUCUGGUCGGCAGGUGUCAAGCUCUGAGUCGUGAUGUACAAAAGGCAGGUGGAACGGGCGUCGAGUUCAUGUAUGGCGACUACAUUGCAGACUUCCACAAUGUCCUCGAGGGCGUCGAGGCGAAAUUUGCGAAAUCUGGAGAGACGAGAACGUUUGAUAUUGUCGUCGGCGCAGAUGGGCUCCAGAGCCAAACGAGAAGAAUGGUCUGGGGCGAAAGCGGCGAGCGCGAUCGAUUGCACCGCUUGGGCAUGUAUGGCGCAUUCUUCAGCAUGCCCGCAUCCCCAACCGACAGCGAGUGGCGAAGAUGGUUUCACACGCACGGCAGAAGAGGCAUCAUGGUCCGGCCCAGUGACGAAGACGACAUAACGACCGUAUUCAUGCACAUCACGAACGCGCACGAUCCCCGCUGGGAAGCCGUCGCGCGCAAUAGCAUUAGCCGCAAAGCAGGCGAAAGCGAGCAAAAAGCGCUUCUGACAGAAUCCUUCCAAAACGCAGGCUGGGAGUGCCAACGAAUCAUCCAAGAAAUGCACACCGCAGAAGAUUUCUACUACGAAAUGCUCGCGCAAGUUCACAUGUCUUCAUGGAACAAAGGCCGUAUCGUCUUACUCGGCGACGCCGGAUAUUGUGCUUCUCCCAUUUCUGGAAUGGGUACCACUGUAGCUCUGAACGGAGCUUACAAUCUCGCAGGUGCACUUUUGCAGCAUCCUAAUAAUCACGUAGCUGCGUUCGCACAGUAUGAAAAUACUAUGCGUCCUCUUGUCGAUCGCGCUCAAGCACUACCCCUUGGAGGCCGAGUGCACUAUUUCCUUCAUCCGGAGACGGCGUGGGGUGUGCAAGUCCUGCAUAUUGUUCUGUGCUUCUUCGAGUGGUCGGGCUUGUUGACGUGGUUUGAAGGUUUUACUGGACCACCUGCGAAUGCUGUACCUGUACCAGACUAUGGAUUCAAGCAAGCUUCGGAAUGGCGAGAGUGA